AUGCCGCAAAGGGCUGCAGACAUGCCGCACGCGGGUGCCCACGCGGGCAUUGAUUCGGACGGGAGCGGAUCUCCGCAUGAUGGCGUGGCCAGCGCCGCGCAGGUGCUGCAGGCGGAGGCGCGGCUGGUGGCGUGGCUGGGCGUGGAGCGGCGCGAGGGGCCCGCGCUGCUGCGCGCGCUGGGCGGCGCGCUGUCCGCCACGCUGGGGCCGUUCUUCAUAAGCAACGUGGUGCCGGUGUGGGAACAGGUGGAGCUGGUCACGAGGGGCGUGCUGGGACCACCGCAGGCCUCGAGGGCCAUCUUGCGGGGCAUGGCGAUGCGGCUGGCCGCGGCGGACAGGCCCGAGUUCAACCUGCAGUUGCAGAUAGGCAACCUGCCAUAUACCCCGCCGCCGAGGGCCCGGGAGGAGGAGCGCGCGGACGACUGGCCAGAGUCGCCCCCGCCGCCCGUGGGGCUCAUGCUGUACCACACUAUCGUCACCGCCAUCACCGCCACGCUCCUGACGGACAUCAUGGGCGCGAAGGGGUUCUGGAGCGGGGUGCGCGCGCCCGAGAUUGUGCUCAUGCUGGCGCUGACCGUGGCCAUGGUGUGGAGCUUCGCCGUGCUGAUGGGCCUGCUGGGCUUCCGGGCUGUCCCGCUGUCGAAGCUGAUGUGGGGGCGCCUGCCGCAGGUCUUCGCCCUGCACGUGGCCAUCAGCAUGAAACUCAGCAACCCCAGCUUCCCGGUGUCGGCGGGCAUAUCCCUGCUAUCCCUCGGCAGCUUCUUCAUAGGGCUGUUCAACAAGCAGCCCGAGGGCGUCCACAUCGUGGUGGACGCCCUGCUGCUGCUGGUGCUGCUCGCGGCCUGGCCCGGCCUCUCAACAGCGAAUCUCAGCCGGCCGCUGACGGAAUGCAGCAGCCUUGGCCAGCUGUGCGUGAGGCUGGGUUUCGGGGCGACGUUGGGGUGCCUCACUGUGGUCUUCGGUCUGCAGUGGACAGUGAGCACCAUGGCCCCCAAGUUGCUUCCACUGCCACGCUGCCACCUGGAGUGGGAACUCUGA